AUGGAGCUGCCCUCAAACAUUGUGAGCAGAUGUGAGAAAUGUGCGUUAAUCUCUCAAAGUCAACUUGGAACUGACACCUGGACGACACAUAAUGGAGAUGGUUUAUCCAACGUAUUUGCUGGAGCUGGAGCUCUGAAUACUAGCUUCACUCAAGGUGGGAAACCAACAUUUGCUGGCAGGUGUGUUAUCAAAUGCAUCAAAGUUUGUUGUUAG